AACUCCACCAUCAGGAAACAGUUGGCGCAGUACAUGAAGGACACCUCGCGAUGUGAGGCGGCAUAGCAGGCCUGUCCCACGUUCACUAAGAGAUAAAAUUGCUAUAAAAGACGCUAAAAGUGGAUCUGAAUAAAGUCAAGUCAAGUGAAGUGAAGUGUGUGUGCUGUGUUGCCAGGUGUCCCCCCUGAUCAGAGCUCUGCAGACAGACUGCAGACAUUCCUGCAGCAGGUGCAGAUGCUGCAGGAAACCCUGCACAAGUUUCACCAGCUGCAGGUGGAUGCCGUGGAGUACGCCUGUCUGAAGGGGAUUGUGCUGUUCAAGACUGAUGUGCAGUCCCUGAGAGAUCACGGUGCAGUGGCAGUCCUACAGGACCAGACCCAGCUCAGCUUCAGCCACCGCAUCGAGAUGCACAAACCUGGCCAACAUUUCCGCUUCGGCAAACUACUGCUCCUUCUGUCCAGCCUACGAGAGGUCCAGCGUUCCAGUCUGGAGAGUGUGUUCUUCACAAAGGCGAUGACAGGAGGUGUUUCCAUGGACCAGUUGGUUCUGGACAUGUACAAAUCCCUACAGACGGACGUCGUGUUGUCUGACAGCUACAGAUGUUACACCGGGCCCUCCACUUCAUCUGGGGCAGCUCUACACGGCGUCAGAUGAACAAAAUCAUCCUUUUAUAAUGCCAUUCAUGACUGGCAAAUUAUAGUUAAUACUAUAGAUUAUAGUUUGUACUUUUAUACAGUUUUAUAGAGCUUCAUGAUCUGGAUUACAGAGUAGAAUAUA